CAGAAGGUUCUGCAGCACACACAGAAGGUUCUGCAGCACACACAGAAGGUUCUGCAGCACACAGAAGGUUCUGCAGCACACACAGAAGGUUCUGCAGCACACACGGAGGAUGCUGCUGGUUCUGUUAUGCUUUUGGCUGAACUCAGCUUAUGCUGCGAAGUUGGGUGUGGUCCAGACAGAGGGUGGUCUGGUUGAGGGGAGGAGCUUCAGUACAGGUCUUUUCAGGACGGUGGAAGUCUUUAAAGGUGUCCCCUUCGCCGACGUUCCUGGAAUGUGGGAAAAACCAAAACCUCAUCGUGGAUGGGACGGAAUCCUAAAGGCCACCAAGUACCGAGAUCGGUGCCUGCAGGUGACGCUGCUGCAGACGAAGACCCGGGGCAGUGCGGACUGUCUUUACCUGAACAUCUUUGUUCCACAUGGACUCUCAGUGUCCUCCAACCUGCCGGUGAUGGUGUACCUGUUCGGAGGAGCCUUUCUGUUGGGGGCAUCCAACGAUUUGGCGAUUCUUGGAGACUCCCUUUACGAUGGGAAGGAGAUGGCUGAUAGGGGUGAUGUGAUUGUUGUCACGGUAAACUACAGAGUCGGUACUCUUGGUUUCCUCAGCAGCGGAGACGCACGCCUCCCAGGUAACUACGGUCUGUGGGACCAGCAUGCUGCCAUCUCAUGGGUCCGCAGGAACAUCAGAAAGUUCGGAGGAAACCCAGACAACAUCACAAUUUUUGGCCAAUCAGCUGGAGCUGCCAGCGUCAGCUUCCAGAUGCUUUCCCCCUACAGCAAAGGUCUGUUCCGCAGAGCCAUCACUCAGGGGGGUGUGGCGCUCAGUCCCUGGGCCCUGCAGACCAAUCCCAUGGCUCUCACCAAGAAGAUAGCUCGGAAGGUUGGAUGUUGGAGAUCUGACGAAGAUGAGAUGUUGUCUUGCCUGAAGGUGAGCGACCCAGUUGGACUGACCAUGGCGGGAAAAAUUGACAUCAUGCUUCUUUUGGGAAAAGGUGUAGUCAUGGACCUGUUGGAACUUGCUCCAGUGGUCGAUGGGGACUUCCUCCCCGAUGAGCCCAUGAAGCUGUUUCCGAACGCAGCCCAGUUCGACUACCUGGCUGGCGUCAACAGCAUGGACGGACACAUUUUUGCUGGAGUCGAUGUUCCAUCCAUCAACAGCGAAAAGGCCAACACCACAGAGGAACAGGUCAAAGGUCUUCUGGGUGGUUUGACUAAAGAGAAAGGGAAUGCGGCCGUGGCCUCAGCCUUCAGUGUUUACUCCGUCCACUGGGGUUCGGUUCCACAACCAGACGUGGUGAAGAAGACUGUGGCAGACAUCGAGACAGACUUCCUUUUCUUGGUCCCGACCCAGAUCGCCCUGCAGCUCCACGCCAACAACACCAAUGCCUGCCGUACCUACUCCUAUCUGUUUAACAUGAAGACCCGGAUACCUGGGUUCCCUCGCUGGGUGGAGGCGGAGCAUGCUGAGGACCUGCAGUACCUGUUUGGUAAACCUCUCUCCACCCCGCUGGUCUACUUCCCCAGGCACAGAGACUUGUCCCGUUACAUGAUCGCAUACUGGACCAACUUCGCCAAGACCGGUGAUCCCAGCAAAGGGAACAGCAAGGUCCCGGUUCCCUGGCCCCCCUUCACCAGAAACCACCAGCCGUACCUGAUAAUCAACCACCAGAUGAACAAGUACUCAGUCAGCUAUGACCUGAGAUCCUAUUAUGUGGACUACUGGACCAGAACCUACAGCCAGAUGUCUGCAGCCCAUACCUCAGAGGAACCGCAGAAACUAACUCCUGGAGGCAUGGAGGAUGGAAACGAGUCCCUUGAUUAGUAAAAAGUGAAGUUUUCCUUCAUUUCAGCAUGAAACUUGAAAUAAAACUUUGGUUUUUUGAUAAAGGAGA